AAGCAAGAAGUGGGCAUGGAGAGGCCAUGCGCCUUACUAAAAAGAAGCAACCAUAAAUAGAAACAAAGAAAGCUAUCCUUAUUUAUUUAAGAUUUUUCCCUUUCCCAUAGCCUAAAUCAAGUAGAGAUUGGAUUAGAUUAGAUCAUCUUCAUCUUGUUGGAUCCCAUGGAAAUAUUUCCACCUUCUUUUUGGGAUUUCAUCUACCUAUGGGAACCUUCAGCUGCUCUGUUUCUAAGUUUAUGUGUGCAGCUGGUUCUUGUUCCGAUGGGGUUAAAAAGAAAGCACAGCUCAAGCCAAUUCCUUCGUUUCUUUCUCUUAAUUGCAUACUCCUUUUCUGAUUGGAUUGCCAAUUUUUCAUUCGUCAUGCUUGUUGAAAGAUAUGGUACCGGCUGCUAUGACGAUUUCACCGACCCCAACUACAUCAUUAGAGCAUUCUUAGCUCAUUUUUUACUACUUCAUUUAGGUGGCUUUGACACUAUCACUGCCUAUUCAAUGGAAGACAAUGAAUUAUGGCUUAGAACCCUUCUUUCCUUGCUUGCCGUACUUGCUGCUUCAAUUUACAUCUUCUUGCAAGCCCUGCUACCAACUUCUCUAAAUUAUGUUUCCAUUCCUGUUAUUAUUGCUGGGAUAAUCAAGAAUUGUGAGAAGAUAUGGGCUUUGAGAUCCGCUUCCGCUGAACGCUUGCGAGAUUUUCUCGCCGUUUCAACUCCUUCUCCAAUCACCACCCAUAAUGAAGAGGAGGUGCAGGAUUUUGAGAUGCUGCACAUUGCUUACUACUUUUUCAACAGAGACAAACGGUUGUUUGUAGGUUUAGGUCCGACCUCUUAUGAUCUUCAACAAAAUCGCCUUUGCUAUUACGAAAAAUUCCAAUCUAACUCUGCUUUCAAAAUCAUUGAGCUUGAGCUUGGAUUCAUGUAUGAUUUCUUCUACACAAAAGCCUCCAUCAACCAUUCUCUUUGUGGACGUCUUUUUCGCCUCACUACCUUUUCUUCUCUUUUCAUCGCUAUUCUCACCUACUGCCUGAUUGAUAAGCAGGAAUAUCCUUCAACCUAUGUGAAUCUCAUAUUUCUCCUCUUCUUUGGAGCUUUGAGUAUUGAAAUCUAUUCACUUUUUUUAAUUCUAUUCUCUGAUUGGAAUGUAAUCUGGUUAUUGACCACUCAAUCCCCUUCCAAUCCCCUGCCUCGUCUUGCUUUAAAACUAAUCUCUCUUUGUGGAUGGUCUUUCAAGAAAAGAAGAUGCUCCAAUUCUAUUUCUCAGUACAAUCUAAUCUCUCAUUGUUUGAAACAGAAAAAUGAUGAUAGCUAUUAUUGCAAAUUCCACAACACCAAAACCAUGGCAGCAUUUUCAGUACAACGUCCCAUCUCUAAUAACCUUGAAGCACAUAUCUUCCAACAACUAAAGAAAAAGUUGGUACUUAACCAAGAGUAUGAUAGUGGUUAUAAUGAAAUUGGUUGGAGCCUAAAAUUAGAUUUGGACCAAUCCAUCCUCCUCUGGCAUAUCGCUACCGAUUUUUGCUAUUAUUCUUCGCCAAAAUUCAAAGAAAGUGAAGAAUAUUCAGAGUCCUGUAUUCCACCCCAAGAUAGCAUAUCGCUGUCUAACUUUUUGGCUUACUUUAUAGUGCACCAUCCUUCUUUAUUUCCCAGUAGAAUGAGUCAAAUAAGGCAUAAGGCUACUAGUGAAGAUGUGCUUGAAUUAUUGCAAGACAAGAAAUUAGGUAGGUGUAAUAGUAAUAUGUUGAAGAAUUUGGAGUUGAAGAUUGAGGUUGUUAAAGAAGAGAGAAAGGAGUCCAUGGUUUUGGAUGCUUGUCGUCUUGCAGGGAUUCUUGAAAAGUUAGAACAGUCACAGAAAUGGGAAAUAAUAGGGAAUGUGUGGGUGGAAUUGCUUGGACGUAUUUCAUGUGAAUUUGAAUGGUAUGAUCAUGCUAAACAUCUUACACAAGGGGGAAAUUUGGUAACUCGUGUCUGGAUUUUGAUGCAUCAUCUUGGAUGUGUCAAACCAAAUGACGUUUUCACUAUGCAUAUGCAAGAAGAUCAACAAGAUACAACACCACUUCUAGGCCAUGACAUUGUAGCAGAUUAUGUGGUGGAACAAAUGUUAAAUGUUAUAUUCAAUAAUAUUGUUUCUUCCCUCUAAAUUCAAAUUUUAGUUAGGUAAAUGAGACUACAAGGUUAUUGCAUACUUGGUGAAAUUGUUGCGGAUUUUGGAAAUUUGUAGCAUCAUAUCCUUGUGGUUAUUAAUGUAUUAAUUUUUUAUGUUUAAUAUUAUUAAUAAUUACUAGAGGAUAUAUUCUCACAA